AUGCCGGCUCUCCCCCCUUCUCCAUUCCUCACGAGAAGCCUUAGGGCCUCGGCGAAAAAACAACCGAAUUAUGAGGGCACGGAGUGGUAAGUCGUAGUCGGGCGAGGGGAUUCAUUUUCUCCCCUCUCGGCGGCGCAGGUAAACCCCCGGCUUCCCGAAGCUUCGCCCGCAAAUGCGUUGUUACACGCUAACGUAUAAGUUGGCGGUGUGGCGUAGUGCUUGUGACCAAUUUCGUACGAGUUUUGGGGCCGAUUUUUUGCGGGAUUUUGCGGGAAAAACAGCUUACAAUUUUUUCGGGGGUUGGAAAAGGUUUUGUUGUAAAAGUACAACAAUUUGAAAAUGUUUUUGUGAAAUUUGUAGUCUACGCCAUCCUCUUGAAUCAAUGUGCCCAUUCUUCGCAACUUUAGCCGAUUUGAAUUUCAAAAGCCGGAAUUUCCCGCCAUUUUUGGCAUUCUGUUUAAACGGUCGAUAAAGCGGUAAAUUUUUGAAAAAUAGACAAAAUAAUUACUACAAGUUUAUUUGGAACUCAUUAGUAAGCUAUAUUGUUAUUUUGGUAAAAACGGGCUCUUCAGCUUCGAAAUUUUAUAUUACCCAUGAUCAUCCCUCCAGUUUAAUAUAAAAUUGCUAUUUUUUGAUGUUUUCAACAUAAAACAGACUCGCUUUUGAUAUUUCUGGGUAAAAUACACUCCGUAUUUUAUUGUUAAAAAUUUUCAAGACCUUAUCUCGACAUACGACACUUGAAUUUAACAUUUUUUUGCCGCUCGAAUGUCAGAUUUAUCGUCUAAAGUUACAAAAAAAAAACGUCCCGGAAAUCGAGCCCGUCUGAACUAGAGAUCAUGUCCUGUCAUGAUUGAUUACGGGAUGUCAUUGCGUCGUUCAAAAUAUGACGGAAAUGUCCUUUCUCAAACGUUCAUUUCCUUGGCUUUAACUUUGGCUAAUUUUUUUUCUAUUUUCUCUCUUGAAUACAGCCUAAUACAAGUAAUGUAUGGGGCCUGUAGAGCGUAUCAAGUGCGAUGAUGACAUUUUUGUUUAUUUUUGCGAUGCUUAUUGACCUUCUUUUAUCAGAUUUCCCCGAAAUUUGCCUAGUAUAAUAUAAGUUUCUGUAAAUUUUGCCAUUUCCUUUGUUGUUUUUGUGUUCUUCGAGCGGAACGUGAUGCUCUAUUGUUGUACACAUUCUACAAAAUACAAUUUCGGAGGGUUUAACCAGUAAUUUUGAGAAUUUUUGGGCGAAAUUUUUAUGAUGACUUUAAAUUAAUUUUGGGAUUUUAAUAAAAUUUUAUGCAAAUUUUUAAAGUUUUUAUGAUAAAAACUAUACCACCGUAGUAUUUUAGCUCUGAAAAUAGUAUUUUAAAAUAUUUUGCCUUAGGGGUUUUGCGAUUUUUACACAUUUUUUCACAUUUUUUCGCGAUUUUCCGCGGAUUUUCAAAAUUUUUUUGUUUUAUGCAAAUUUCGCUUCAGACCCUUGGCCUCACUGUGCAGUAAAAUUGGCGAGACUCAUCGUUCCCUCUCCUCCUAUCUUUAUCUUUCGGCCAAAGAAACGUUUCUCGCCCUGAGGCGGAAAGACGAGGAGCCCGCAAAGCUGGUUGCGUUUGGCAUGAAUCACGUGGAUUCGAGCAACCAGCACCCCAUUGGCGACCACAGUGAUCUGCCCUUGCUGGAUGCCGACGAAUGCAGCAGCGACCAGGAGCUGCAGAGCCCCAAAAUCGGUGAGUUGAGGGGCUGGAUAUUGGAGUGGGCAUGGAUGGGAAGUGAUUUUAAUGGUGUUUAGAGUGAGACUCAGAGUCGGUGAAUAAAUUCUAUGAGUAGUGUACUCUCUGGUAUCUAGAAAUGGCAUAUGCCCUCCGGCGAUGUAGGCUUAUUAGUCAAAUGGACCCCAAAUUCGAAAAAAAGCAUCAGAUGGGUAGUGCAAUAUAUAAAAGUGAUUUUACAGUAGUUCAAAAUGAAAUUCAGGGUCAGCAAAUCAAUUUUAUUGGUAGUGUAGGCUCUCUAGUAUCUACAGACGGCAUGUGCCUUACGGCAAUCUAGGCUUAUUAGUCCAAUUGACCUAAAACUUGAAAAAGCUCAUCAGAUGGUUAGUGUAAUAUGUAGAAGUGAUUACAAAGGUGUCUAAGAUGAGGCUCAGUGCCAGAGAGCCUAUACUACACAAUUGUAUGUGUAGUAUAGGCUCUCUAGUAUCUAGAAAUAGCAUGGGCUCUACGGUAAACUAAGUUGGUUUGCCACUUGACCCCAAAUUCUAAAAGCAGCAUCAGAUGGGUAGUGUAACAUAAAAAUGGGAUUAGAAAGGUGUUUACAAUGAGGCUCAAUGUCGGUAAAUUUUUUCGGUGUGUAGUAUAGGCUCCCUAGUAUCCAAAAAUUUCACAUACCCUAUGGCAGUUAGGUUUUAUUAGUCAGCUUGACACUAAAUUCGAAAAAGAGCUUCAGAUGGGUAGUGUAACAUAUAAAAGUGAUUAUAAAGCUUUCAAGCGGUCUAGGCGGCAAAAAUUUUUAGCUAAAAAGAUUUUGCUAUUUCUCGUGGCAACUUUUCACACAGAACUUUGUACUCUUCAUUAGUCGGUAGCUGUAAAAAAUCUCGAAGCUUGCAAGGUUUCACUGGCUUCGAAAAUUUGGAAAUUAAUCGAUUAAAGUCCGCAAUAAGGUUUCAUUUAAAGAAUUACAGAUAAGUCGGCAUGACCAGACGCUCACAAGAUUCAUUUGUAAUUUUUGGUCAAUUUUGUGACAUUUUGUCAAAGUAUUGAUUUUUGAGAAAAAUUAAAUUUUAAUGUUUUAAGAUCAAUUUUUUUUUGUUGAAUAAUCGUUGCAUAUAGAAAAUUACUAAAUUUCUUCGGAUUUUUUCACAGAAAAAGUUGAUUUUUGGUGAAAAAAUAACGAAAAUUGUGACUUUUUUGAUUUUUUUCCCGAAAAAAUCUCGGUUGUUUCUGCAAAACGCGAGCUCAAAUUUUUAGAUGUAUCUAAGAAAAUGUUGCUUUUAGUUUGCGCCAAGUUUCAGCCAAAUUGGAGAAAAAAAAUUUUCGUUUGAAAUUUGAAUUUUUUCUCAAAAAAAUCAAUUUUUUCAAAAUGAAAAUCAUCUUUUUCAAAAUAAAAAUCGUUGUUUUCCACAUGAAAAUUACUUUUUUUCAGAAUGAAAGUCAUCCUUUUCCACGUAAAAAUCAUUUUUUCUCCCUUAAAUUUCCAAUUUUUCAGCGCAACGUUCCCGGCCGUCUCUGACCUUCACGGACGACACGCACCAGUCCAUCCUGAACACCUCCACCAACUCCAAUGACACCAACAACAACUCCAACUCGCUGCCGUACCCGACGACGCGCUCGCAGCAGGUGCCGCGCCUCAACCUGCAGUCCUCCAACACCGCCACCGCCAACAACAACGGCUCGCUGCUGAUGAUGACGAACAACCUGCUCAGCAACUCGCUGCCCAACUCGAUCCAUCCGAACGCGGCGCCGCCCGACAAAAAGUUCGCGAAACGGCCCUCGCUCGGCCAACUCGAGCUCGGCGACAAGGCGGGCCGCAAGCAGUUCCCACGACUCGUCGCCAAGAACGGCGAGUGCCUGGUCCGCCCCAUCCACAACCAAAGCCCAUACCUGAGCUUGUACAGGUGGGUCUGCUUCUGGAAACAGUAAGAAUUCAGCAGACCUUUGCCCUCGUUUUCUCAACGCUUUCUGUCGCCAGUUUUCCCCCACGGUGUGGAGUGAAUAUAUCCGAGAUUUUGGGGGAAUUUUUGAGGGGAAUUUUGGGAUUUUUUGGACGAAAAAUUUUGAUUUUUUGGAUUUUUUUUUUUUUUUUUUUUUUUGAAAUUUCAGAUUUUUUGGGUCAAAUUAGAGAUUUUUUGAUUUUUUUGGAAGAAAAAUUUUUGAUUUUUUGGAAUUUUUUUAGGAUUUUUUGGACGAAAAAUUUUGAUUUCUUGGAUUUUUUUUUUGAAAAUUCAGAUUUUUAAAAAUUUUUUGGAAGAAAAAUUUUUGAUUUUUUGGAAUUUUUUUUUGAUUUUUUGGACGAAAAAUUUUGAUUUUUUGGAUUUUUUUUUGGAAAUUUCAGAUUUUUAAAAAUUUUUUGGACGAAAAAUUUUGAUUUUUUUGCAUUUUUUUUAGGAUUUUUUGUGAAAUUUUUGUGGAAUUUUAGAUUUUUCAAAAAUUUUUUUAAAAAUUUUCUAUUUUCUUGGGGAUUUUUCGAAUUUUCAAAAUUGAUUUUUUCUUGGAAUUUUUUGAUUUUUCGUUUUUUUUUGAUUUUUCAGGAUUUUUCAUUAUUUUUUCGCAAAUUUUGAAAUAGGCUUUAGAAGUUUUCGUCCUUCAAAAUUAAUCAAGAAAAUUUCGGAUAUUGUUAUUUUUGGAGUGCUUCUCUAUGUGAGUUGUAUUUGGAAUUCUUGUUGUGGUUUUUUCCAAAAAAAAUAAAAAUAAAAAAUUUUCAAAAAAUCUUAUAAAUUUUUGCGGAUAUAUUCAAUUUCCCACUGUUUUUUUAACUUCAAAUUAGUUUCGCUUAGCUAUCGUACGACUGUUGUUCUACGUUUUCUUACUUUUUCCAUUACUGCUAACAUUUUUCUUUACCAUCCUAAAUGGGAUCCUUGGUUUUUUUAGUUUGCACAAAAAAAAAUUAAAAAAAAAAAAUUUUUUUUUUGAAAAAUAAAAAGAUAAAAAAUUUAUGUUUUUAGCUAAAAAAUUCUUUUUCGGCCAAAAAAAUUAUUUUUAAAAUAAAAAAUACACCUUUCCCACCAAAAAAUUGAAGUAUUAAACUUCAAGUUCGACCCUUAGAUUUUAAUGAAAUUCGGUAUAAAAUUAGAAUAAUUUUUACUACGACACAUACGAGACUCCUAGCUCGCGUUUUGCGAAAACAACCGAGAUUUUUAAAUCGAAAACUUGCAAAAAAUUAAAAUUUUUUUUUACGAAUUUUAUCAUCAAAAAUGUCAUGCUUAUUUCUACCGUAGAGUGUAAUAUUUCCUCAAAAAAUCAGCUUUUUCCAUGCGAAACUGCCAAAGAUAUGGCCAAAAAGUGAGUUUUACUUUUUCUCUGACCGCUCUCCACCUUUCGCGUACUCUCUCUCUCUCUCUCUCUCGCCUAUUGCCUUCCAAAACUUUAAAAUAUGACUCUGUCGGGAAAAUAAUGUGGAUUUGUCGGAGCAAAAUAUCUGUUCUUUUCGCAGUCAAGGCGAGGCCAAAUUCUCAGCCACGGCUGGCUUUUGCAAAGCGAGAAAAAAUGGCGCGACAAAUCCACAUUAUUUUCCCGACAGACUGGUAGAGACUUUUUCUCUCAAAAAAUCGUUAUAAAAAAUCUUAAAAAUCAAAAAAAAUAAACAAAAACCCAAAAAAAAUAUCACGGUUUGUCUUGUUCCGCACCACACCGUAACCCUGUACCACUUGUAACCAUUGUUUUUUACCUUCGAAAAUUUGCAGAAACUGGUUUCACUUACUCAUCGAGUACUCCUGGCGCAGCGUGAUCACGGUGUUCGCGGCCGGCUUCGUGCUGUCCUGGAUCUUCUUCGGCUUCAUCUACUACUUGAUCGUGCACCUGAGCGGCGACAUGCAGAAGCGGCCCGAGCAUCGCCAAUGCAUCGCCAACGUGCACAGUUUUGUGGGCGCGUUUUUGUUUAGGUGAGUGAAAACCUAUGUAAAGUUGGGCUUUAAGAAAUGUUUAUGGCAUGAAAAAAAUCACACAGGAGUGUAGUAUUAUUAUUUUUUGAUUUUAUCCUAAAUUUUCAAGUUUUAAAAUUUUAUUGUUUUCGUGUCGAGACCCAAAAUUUUGAAUUUUCAAGGUCCUAAAUUUCGAUGGAACUUGGUAUAAAUUUAGAUUAGGCUCUUUCAGCGCAUAUGCCAGAUUUUUAGUCUGCGCUUUGCAGAAUUCGCAGAAAUAAGCGAGAUUUUUAAACAGAAAAAUCCCGGAAAUACUAUUUUUUGCCAAUCCUCUUGAAAUUCUAUAGCAAAAAAAACAGUUGAUAUGUGAAUUCAAGACUCUAGAAGUGAUUUUUAGGCCAAAUCAAGGUUCCAGUAAUUUUUUUUAAAUCCUUGGCCGGCCGCGAAAAUUUUUGACGAAAUUUUGGAUCGAAAUAGCAAUAAAACUGUUAAAUAAGCCAUUUCCAAGUCAUUUCUAGCCCUGCAGCAGAUAAUUUUAAUGAUUUUUCACUUUCGGCCGCUUUUGGCCGCGAAAAAUUUUCUUCGAUUUUUGGUCAUUUAGCCCAUAAAAAUUGCAGUAGCUAUCUGGAUUGAGCCAUUUUUGGACUCUUUAGACGCUAUUUUAUGUCAAAACGUGACUUUUUAAAUUUUCGGCCGCUUUCGGCCGCGAAAAUUUUUGAUGAAAUUAUUGUCCUAAAAGCUAAAGUACUAAGAAAACAAGCUAAAUAAAGCAAUUUCAGAGCGUUUAACCAUAAUUCCAGACCAUUCUUUCGCAAAAACUUUACAUAUUCAAGCUUUAAUCAAACGUUUUUCCAGCCUCGAAUCCCAGCAAACAAUAGGUUACGGUUCUCGCUACAUGACGGAGAUCUGCCCUCCGGCAUUCAUCACGCUCUCACUGCAAAUCGUGGUCGGCCUCCUGCUGCAGACCAUGCUGGCCGGCAUCGUUGUGGCCAAGGUGUUGCGGCCCAAGAAACGGAAACAAGAGAUGCGGUUCAGCCAGAAGGCCGUGAUCGGCCCCAUCGACGAAAACGACCGGCGCCCCACGCUGAUGGUGCGGAUUGCGGACAUCCAGCAGAAAUUGUAUCUGGCCGAGUCCCACGUGCGAAUGUACAUGGCGCGGACGCGGAUUAAUCAUGUGAGGUUUGAGAUUUUUGGAGCGAAAAAUGAUACUUUUGGAUCGUUUUUGGGAUUAAAAAAUUUUGAAUUUUUUUGUUUUUUUUUUAUUCGAAAUGAAAAUUAAAAUUUUUUUAAUUGAGAUUUAAGAUUUUUUGGAGCGAAAAAUGAUACUUUUGGAUUGUUUUUGGAAUAAAAAAAUUUUUCGAUUUUUUUUAAUUUCAGAUUAAAUUAAAAUUUUGUUUAUUUAAAAAUUUGAGAUUUUUUGGGAGGAAAAUGAUACUUUUGGAUCGUUUUUGGAAUAAAAAAAAAUUUGAAAUUUCAAAAAAAAAUUUUUUUUUUCAAUUUUUUUUAUUUUCAGCACGGCGAAAAAGAGCUCGUCGGCUUCCGAGAUAUGAAUGUGGGAUACGACAGUGGAUGGGAUCGGGUCCUUCUACUGUGGUAAGUUGAAAACAAGAUUUUUUGGGAGAAUUAUCCAAAAAAAUCUGGACAAAAAAGCGCCAAAAAUAGUGAAUUUUUCCAUUUCAAUCCAUAUUUGUCGAUGAUUUUCACUUUUCCCAUUGAAUUUUUGAUUUCCGAAAAUUUUAUUGUUUUCGCGUUGGGACCCAAAAUUUUAAUUUUUUUAUUCUAGAUUUGGAUGGGAUUUAGAACAGGCUUAAUCAGGGGUUUUUAGGAUUUUUUUAUGGUAUAUGAGUUAUUUCUAGCUUCAUCUGUGCAAAAACAAUCGAGAUUUUUUAGAUAUCUAGGUCAGCAAAGAUUGUUGAAUAUCUCUGCUGAAUCUGCACAGGGGCAGAUAAAAUUUUCAGCAGUAGAUUUUGACUCUAAAUAGAUCAUAUGUCAAGAAUUUGGAGUAAAUCCGACCUCAAUUUUUUGUGUUAUGGCCGGUUCUUUACCACCAACCCUCAAAAAAAUUUUUUUUUUUUUUUUCAUUUUUUUCACUUUUAAAUUAAUUUUUGCCAAAAUUUUUCAAAAUCCGACAAAACCCUUCAAAAUUCAACCCCUUCCCUUUGCAGGCCAAUAAUCAUCCGACACAUCAUCGACGAGGACUCGCCGCUCUACGGCCUCACGCCCGAAGACACGACCUCCAACGAUUUCGAGAUCAUCAUGACCGUCGAAGGGAUCGUGGAGGCGACCGGCGCCACCUUCCAGGCGCGCACCUCCUUCCUGCCCUGGGAAAUUGAGUGGGGCCGCCGCUUCACGCCCAUGGUGCACCUGAACGCGAAGCGCAACGAGUACGAGGUGGACUACGGGCUGUUCGACGUGACCGACCCACUUGCGGGCUACGUGCCGUUGAUCACCACGCAAAUCAAGGACGAACUGGAGCGGUAUCAGGAGGAGGAGGAGGCGGACGAACACAAAUUCCACAACAAGAGUGGGUUCACAUGA